ACAGGCCGAGGCGUGGCCUGCCGCUUUCGCCGCUGCGGCCCGGCUCCGCCUCGGACCCGCUCGGCAAGCAGAGGGCCGAGAGGUGCCGCAGGCCUUUGCGAAGCCUCAGCCAUCCCGCCGGCGGGAUGGGGCUGGAGACGGAGCCGCUGUUCCAGGCCUGGAGCUACUUCAGGCGGAGGAAGUUCCGGCAGUGCUCGGAACUCUGCUCGCAGCUGCUGGAGGGCGCGCCCGGCGAGCAGGAGCACAACAGUGGAUACUCUGCAUUUCAGGCUGCCUGGAGCCUGAAAACACGAGCUUUGACAGAAAUGGUGUAUGUGGAUGAAAUUGAGAUGGAUCAAGAGGGAAUAGCAGAGAUGAUGCUAGAUGAAAAUGCCAUUGCUCAAGUCGCACGACCAGGAACAUCUUUGAAACUCCCUGGAACUAGCCAAGGUGGAGGUCCCAGCCCAGCAGUUAGGCCAGUAACUCAGUCAGGAAGACCUAUUACAGGAUUUGUGAGACCAAGUACACAAAGUGGACGGCCAAGUACUAUGGAACAGGCUAUAAAAACACCUCGAACAGCUCUAACAGCUCGUCCAAUCAGUAGUGCUUCUGGGAGAUAUGUCAGGCUAGGAACGGCUUCAAUGAUAACAAAUCCAGAUGGCCCUUUCAUAAAUGUGUCUCGACUGAAUUUAUCAAAGUAUGCUCAAAAACCCGAACUGGCAAAGGCACUGUUUGAAUAUAUUUUUCACCAUGAAAAUGACGUUAAAAAUGCUCUAGAUUUGGCAGCCCUUGCCACUGAACACGCACAAUUCAAGGACUGGUGGUGGAAAGUCCAAAUUGGGAAGUGUUUCUAUAGGUUAGGAUUAUUUCGAGAAGCUGAAAAACAAUUCAAGUCAGCUCUCAAGCAACAGGAUAUGGUUGAUACAAUCUUGUAUUUGGCAAAAGUGUAUGUGCGUUUGGAUCAGCCUGUAACAGCAGUAAACCUUUUCAAGCAAGGAUUAGAACGAUUUCCAGGAGAAGUGACACUUAUUUGUGGAAUUGCCAGAAUCUACGAGGAAAUGAACGAUAUAUCUUCAGCUGCAGAGUACUAUAAAGAGGUCUUAAAACAAGACAAUACUCACGUGGAAGCAAUAGCAUGCAUUGGCAGUAACCGUUUUUACUCAGACCAGCCUGAGAUAGCUCUGCGGUUCUAUAGACGGCUCCUGCAGAUGGGUGUUUAUAACUACCAGCUUUUUAACAAUCUGGGCCUCUGUUGCUUCUAUGCCCAGCAGUAUGAUAUGACACUAACUUCAUUUGAACGUGCGCUGUUUUUGGCUGAAAAUGAAGAGGAGACAGCAGAUGUGUGGUACAACUUGGGACACGUGGCUGUGGGGAUAGGAGACCUGAAUCUGGCUUACCAGUGUUUCAAACUGACCUUAGUCAACAAUAACGACUAUGCAGAAGCUUACAACAACUUGGCUGUGCUGGAAAUGCAAAAAGGUCACAUUGAACAGGCAAGAGCUUUGCUGCAGACUGCUUCUUAUUUAGCACCUCAUAUGUAUGAGCCCCACUUUAAUUUUGCAAUACUCUCAGAGAAGAUUGGAGAUUUUCAGAGGAGUUACAUGGCUGCUCAAAAGUCAGAGGAAGCAUUUCCAGGCCACGUUGAUACACAACUCCUCAUCAAACAACUAAAAGAGCGCUUUGCUAUGCUCUGAUAACGUAUUUUUUGAACGUGUAAAAUCUGCUUAAAGUUUUCUAGAACAUAGAUUUAUUCAAAGUCGGUAAACUGUACUUAAUCCAUUCCUGUUGCAAACACUAUGCUACUUAGAGUAGCAGGAAAGGUUUGGGAGUCUGUAUUAGCUUCUGUUAUCUUAAAACACAGCUAGAAAACAUGUUUCACUUACAUACAACCAAGAAUACAGAAGUGGCAGGAUGUUGCCAGUAUGAAAACUUUCAAAUAGUUAGCUAUUAACAAAUAAGUAUGUAUUUAAUGUUAAUAAACAUUUCUGAAGAUAUUUUUCUGACUUUUCUGCAGAAAAAAAAAAAGUUUUUAUAUAUUCUUGUGUGACAAUCUGUUGAGCCUCACAGAAUAAGAAUGCUUCAUAACUAGUCUCCAGACUUGGUUUUGAUAGUACACCUUCUAUACUUUCUUACUGCAUGUUAAGUUUUAAACCUACGGUAAGCAAAAUUGUGUUUUUUGGAAUGGAGACAAAACAGAAGUUCUUAUAUUCCUUGUUGUACUUCAUGAAUUGAAUAAAUUCCAGUUUCUAUGGUU